AUGGUUACCCAGCCUCUUGGCCAAUGGGAGCCAGUGUGUCGCUGUGGCCCUCUGGGUCACUGGAAUGGGAGUGUGCCGAGCCAGCUCGGGGCCAGUGCAUGGCUCAGUUUAGCGUCUGCGGGCCGCUGCUGGGAUUUUGCCCGCAAGAUUCCGCCGCACUUGUAUGCCGCCGCCUUCACGAUCCAUCAGGGAUUGCAGGAGGAGCAGACAGAGGACUCGGACCUCAUUGCCAGCUGUGUCCCCGGAGUCUUCACUGCUCUUACCGUGGUACUUCUGCUGUGGGAAGCCCACGACGCUCCAGACUCGCUGCUUGACACGGCCUUGCACACCUUGCUCACACUCGAGAGCUCGAUGGUGGCCCCGGCGAUGGGGGCACUGGGAGUUGCUGGCGUGCUGGACUGCUCCGUCUACGGUCGAGGCGAAGGCUGGUGGCCCGGCGUCCUGGAUUUGCGCUGGCUUCGGCGUUUGACCGGCCGGCUCUCGCGGAAACGGAUGGCAUGGCAGACGCUGGCCGACACUGGUGUGGAGCCGUGGCAUGACCGCGAGGUAGCGGAGCAUCGAAUCUGGAUGAAGGAGCCUGGCAGGCGGCAAGAGCAUCCACCGUCGGUCGGCCUUUGCCUGUGUGUGAUGCAUGGCGAGGGCGCAGGCACCCUGCAGUCCACUCUGCAGUCGUACCAUGAGGGUGGUUUGCUCGAGCUGGCUCGGCGCCGCUUCAUCGCCUUUUUGAGCCCUCCGGGCCUGGAGGAGACAGUUCUUUGCUGGCGGCGCAAGCUUGCGGAGCUUUUCGACCUGGAGCUUCUGCCGGAGACAUCCUGGCCAGAGACCUUCAUCAGGAAGCGGCAAAAGUUCGGAGAUCCAGGCGCUGCGAUGGCAGCCUGCGCCGUGGCAUGUGACCAGGAGUACCUGCUCUUCCUGGAGGAUGACUUUCACCUUGUCACCAGGCCAGCUGAACUCGUUCGCCAUCGCUUGGAGGCCGCGAUGUUUGCCCUGAAAGUCGGCGAGGAGAAACAAGCACCGGGCCGUGCAGCCAUGCUGGGAGUGCAUCUGCGACACAAGCUGUUCUUCGGGCCGCCUUUUUAUGAGAUGCUGACGGCACUGCAGCACGGCGAGCCCCCAUCGCCCUACGCAGCCUGGUACUUCAGCUCGGACCCCGUUGGGCAUGCCUUUCCUGACAACUUUUGGGAGCCGCCCUUCUGGGACUCUGGCAAGGAGUUUGUGUGA